UGUAGCUUCUGUCAUUGAGGAGCCAACCUGGAACUACCUGCACCUCGCUCUACCUCCUGGCAAAAACAUGAUGGCUAUUGGCGGGGUGGUCCUGGACAAAGACCAGUUCAACUGCUCGGUGUGCCUGGAUGUCCUGAAGGAGCCAGUGACCAUUCCAUGCGGCCAUAGUUACUGCUCCGACUGCAUCCGCAGCUGCUGGGACCAACAAAUCUUGAGGGUCUUCAAGUGCCCUCAAUGUCGACAGACUUUCAAGCCGAGGCCAGAGCUCGGCCUAAACACCUUACUGGCUGACAUGGUGGAAGGGUUUAAGAAAAGUGGAGUCCAGGAGGCGUUGGUGGGUCAAAGUCUGGCGAAGAGGAAGCACAGGGCAAUCAGUCAGGGCAUGCGACAAGUACUGAAUAAAUUAGACCCGGACGAGCAGGAAUAUCUCCAGGAUGAGUUGGAUUCCAAGGCUAAAAAGACAAGGGUGUACAGAGUGGCUUUUCUCACGGCAGAGAAGAAGGAACUUGAGGAGCAGAAGAAGCAGAUGGAGAAAACGCUGGUUAAAGACCAGAAAGACUUGGAAAAGACCAAGAACAAGGCAAGGGAUAUGGUGGAAAAUGCACGGGAGAUGGUGGAAAAUGCACGGGAGAAGGAGGACGAGGACAAGGUGACGGUGGAAAAGGCAAGGAAGAUGUUGCAGAAGCGCGAGAAGAAGGCCAUCGAGACGACUGAUUUGAGUCAGGCUAAAGUGGACGGAGAUCGAAAGGAGCUCGACAAGAUCAUGAAGAAGUUGAAGGACAACGGCCAGGAGUAUGAAAAGCUGAUGCAAGAACACCAUGAGGGGGUCCAUGAAGGGGUUGGGAAUGUUGCUCCACGAUGUUCCGACGAGCUUGGAGAAGGUGAGGCGCCGAGGGGCGAGGCUCCAAGGGCCGAGGCUCUGAGCUGCGAGGGUCCGACGGAGGAGGCUGUGAGCUACGAGGGUCCGAGGGACGAGGAUGAGCCGGUCCUAGCAAAGAAGGCUAAGAACAUGACAUAAAGUCGUAGGUUGGUCAAACAUCUCUCCAGUCCGUGCUCGCUGUCACAAAACUCAUGUAUUCUUUCUCAGUCUACACAUUGGAAUUGGCGAUCGUCUCAUUUCCUAUUCAGACCUUAGACCGGGGGUCGGCCACUCGCACCUCUUUAGCGCCGCCCUCGUGGCUCCCUGGAGCUUUUUCAAAAAUAAAUGAAUAAUUUCGACGGUCCUGUAACUCACCAUAGUUGCGUGGACAGUGACGCAACAGUUUGUUUACAUGUGAAACUUUCUCCGACGCUGCCACAGAAAGACGUGUUUUAUGCCACUCCUUCUUUGUCCCGUUUCGUUCACCAAACCUUUUAUACUGAGUGUGAAUGCACAAAGAGGAGGUUUGUUGAUGUUAUUGACUUGCGUGGAGUGCUAGUCUGGCAAAUUUGCUCAAGGCACGACUGCAAGCUAAUCAAUGCUAACAUGCUAUUUAGGCUAGCUGUAUGUACAUAUUGCGUCAUUAUGCCUCGUUUGUAGCUAUAUUAAUUUCCUUUACUUACGUCCUCGGGGUAUUUAAUUUAUUUUUGCAAAGUUUCAUUAUCUGUAUGUAAUAUUCGCUGCGUUUCUGAUAGUUGUUUGUGCGCCAUGUUGUUCCAGAUCAUAGCAAACCUUUGCAAAAGAUUGUAAUAAAUCCAUUAAAGGAAGACAGCCUAUAUCUACUUACAAGAGGCCUCUUUGUUGUCAUGGGAGGGUUGUUUUUAGAACCAGUGGUACUGGACUUUUGAAGGUUUCCGUAUGGGGAACACAGAAAAACAUUGACUGUAGCACAAUUGCACUUUGUGUCUGAACUUGCCUUAAUAAAAAGAAG